UUCAUUUGACAUGUGUCAAUGCAUCACUAACUCAACGCAUGUUGUAUUUGGCAUAAAUCUGCCUGUACGCAAGCACAUGGGUGCGUGUGCACUCAUUUUUGUUUUGCGAGUAUGUUGCAUACAUUAAUGUGUUCUUGUGUAUGCAUGCAUGCAUGUGAAUGCAUAGAUGUGGUGUGUAUGGGCGUGCAUAUGUGCGUGUGACCCCAUUAGUGUUGGGCUAUACUGUAAAGGAUGCUUGUCUAUUUGUCUUUCCCUUAGAAUUAAUCUAUAAAUUUUGAAUCUUAAUCUCUUGAUUACUGAGGCCUUUCUGUUGUCAAACAUGAGGAUGAAGGUCUGAACCUUCACGGUAGACAAAAGGAACUAAUGCCAAUGUUAGACUUGUAACCAUUCUAUCCCUCUGGGCUGACUUGACUACACUGGUAAUGAUCCCUUUUUUCUUUCCAAUCUGCAGUGUUCAUCCUUUAUGUUGUAAGCUACUCUCUAUUUUGUAUUUUAUUGUGUUGAAUUUUGGAUUGUUUUAUAGGUCCUAAAGAAUAAAGAUGACUCAAUUAAGAUUUAUUUAUUUUCUUAUUUUCAAAUGUAUAGUAGGCUUGGUGCAACGGUAAUGUUGCUUUAUUGCAACUUGGAGUCAGCCUGUUCAAGAUUACAAAUAACAGUGAUAAGGAUUGAUAAUCCGAAGACAAACUUGUUUGUUGCUUUGCGUUGAUCAGCUGAUUAUUAAUUGAGCUGUUUUAAUAUUGGGAAUGGAGAACGGAAAAAAGAGAUUAGCUGUUUUAGUGGGAUGCAAUUAUCCAAACAGCCCAAAUGAGUUGCACGGAUGCGUUAAUGAUGUUGUUGCCAUGGGAGAGGUGCUUGUAAGGCGGUUUGGGUUUGAGUCAAGCCACAUUGAGCUACUAACUGACGCACCUGGCUCGAUGGUCAUGCCCACCGGAGCAAACAUUAAAAAUGCUCUUGGUAAGAUGGUUGAUCAGGCUGCGCAGGGUGAUGUCCUGUUCUUUCACUACAGCGGUCAUGGAACACGGAUUCCUUCUGUGAGGCCUGGCCAUCUCUUUAGGCAAGAUGAAGCAAUAGUUCCUUGUGAUUUCAAUCUCAUAACAGAUGUGGACUUCAGGCAACUAGUAAACCAGCUGCCAAAGGGAGCAAGCUUCACAAUCCUUUCGGAUUCCUGCCACAGCGGUGGCCUCAUCGAGAAAGAGAAAGAGCAAAUUGGACCUUCUUCUUCUUAUUCUUCUUCUUUAGUACUUAACACUAGUAGUAGUAGUAAUACUACUACUGUAAGUACUAACUGUCGCAAGCCUAAAACCAUCCCCUUGGAAUGGAUAUUGCAACAUGUUACAUCAUUGACAAGAAUAAACACGUUGGACAUUGGGACCCACUUGUUGGAGUUGUUUGGAUCUGAUGCCAGCCUUAGUUUCCGUUUGCCCAUUGAUCAGCAGGAGCAUCUGUUUGUAUUAAUACCAAAAAAGGCAGACGUCGACAAUGGAAUUCUACUGAGUGGGUGCCAAGCAAAUGAGACUUCGGCAGACAUGAGUCCACCAAUGGGCGGUGGAGGAAAGGCGUAUGGAGCAUUCAGUAAUGCGGUUCAGAUAGUGUUGAACCAGAAUUUGGGUCGACCACCACCUCUCACUAAUAGGCAAGUUGUGAUUCUGGCCAGGAAGGUUUUACACGCGCAACACUUUGACCAACAACACCCUUGUCUCUACUCCAGCGAUCACAACGCUGAUGCAAUUUUUUUGUGCCUACCACCAUACACCUCAACUAUGUAGACAUACAUAUGCAUCACUCAUUAGUCACACUUUGAUUAAUUCCAGCACUGCCUUGGCUUUGAUAUACUGAUAUGUAAUUCGAUUGUGUAUUGUAACAAUGUUUAAAAUAAAGUGGUUUGGGAAAUUAAGGGUUA